UCCUCUGUCUGUGAGAUCUGGACCAGCCAGAAUGCAGGAUAUCCUUUCUCAUCGAUUCAUCAGGUUCAUAAUACGGGAGACUGGGGAGAGCCUUCAAUUACCUUGCGACCUCCAAAUGAAGCCACAGCAUCAACACCUGUACAAUAUUGGCAACAUCAUCCAGAGAAGCUCAUCUUCCAGUCAUGCGAUUAUAAAGCAUUUUAUUUAGGCUCUAUGCUGGUAAAGGAAUUAAGAGGCACAGAGUCGACACAGGAUGCAUGUGCAAAGAUGAGGGUAAAUCAUCAAAAGUCUACAGAACAGAUGAAGAAAGUACCAACCAUUGUCCUGUCUGUCUCUUACAAGGGAGUCAAAUUUAUUGAUGCAACGAAUAAGAAUAUUAUUGCUGAACAUGAAAUCCGUAACAUUUCCUGUGCUGCACAAGACCCUGAGGACCUUUCUACAUUUGCGUACAUCACUAAAGACUUGAAGACUAAUCACCACUACUGCCAUGUAUUCACUGCGUUUGAUGUGAAUUUAGCUUACGAAAUCAUUCUUACACUAGGACAGGCAUUUGAGGUGGCCUAUCAGCUUGCACUACAGGCACGAAAAGGGGGCCAUUCUUCAACCCUCCCAGAAAGCUUUGAAAAUAAGCCCUCCAAGCCUAUUCCCAAACCACGUGUUAGUAUUCGGAAGUCAGUGCAGAUAGAUCCAUCCGAACAAAAGACUCUUGCGAAUCUACCAUGGAUUGUUGAACCUGGACAAGAAGCCAAAAGAGGCAUUAAUACCAAGUAUGAAACUACCAUUUUCUGAUACAAAACUGUCCCCCCGUUCCCUGUUGUGCCUUGCACGCCAAGCAGUCACAGCACAGCCUUUCCUUUAUGGCAACGUUUCAAUCCAGCAGAGAGGAAGACUGCACUGUAUGAGUGGCCUUGUAACUAAAAAAAAAGGCUGACAGUCGUUUCUGGUGAUGUUCUUCUUCCUGCAGCACUGACAGAAGAAUGACACUAUAUGAAGACUUUUAAAAUUACAGUCCACAAGAGGAGUUGAGAAACCUUAUUUUUCACACAGUUCUCCCUUGUGACUCUGCCACAGUGCUUUCUUUGAUUUCUUAUUUUAGAAUUCUACUUUUUAAAAAAAACAAAAGGUCUCUAAACUAACACUAAUGCUGCCUAUGAGUAGAAUAUUUGAUUGGUUUUUUAUUUAAAUCUUGGCAGUUUUUAAUUGAAAUAGAAUCAGAAUUAAUAAGUAGAGUAUUUGUGAAACCACUGAAUUCAUUAAUAAUUACUGUGUUGAAUAAAGAGCUCAUUAAAGUGACAAGAAAUUAGGUACCCUGAUUUCUGUGUGCGCUGGUUUUAUAUGUAAUCAUUGGUGUCCUUUGAUCCUCUACAGAAAUAGGAACCUCUUGCAUUGUAACAAAGGAUCAGAGUUUUAUGAAUGGUUAGAAAAAGGUAUUAAUAAUGCACAGAAAACAUUUAUUAGAUAUUUUUAUGGAAGAGAAGUACUAUAGGAAAACAUAUGAAUAUUUAUGGAAGGAAGCCAGAUUAAUUAUGACAAAUAUUGUUUAUUUUAAAGUUAAGUAAAACACUGCUAUUGCAGCAUUAUGAAAAUUAAGAGUUGUAGCAUUAGUGCACUGGAUGUUCCGUGUGAUCAGUCUGGAAUGAAAGUGGAAUUGUCAUUCUACUACAGCUACGUAUAGUUUAUGCAGUUCAACAUUGCUAUAGCCAUGAAUUCUACUAGUAUUUUUAAAAAAUAAUCUCAGUGGUUCUAAAAAAAAGUCAAAACCAUGGAUUUUGCUAUCAAAAUUUCUGUCAUAGAAAGCUUGUUUGGAAGAGUGUUGAUAAAAUUCUACUGCAAAACAUUUUCUAAAUAAAAAGAGCAAGAAAAAGAAAAAAAUUCCAAAGUAAUAAAAAUGUUUUCAUGGAACAAAAUAGUUAAGCAUUUGCUUACUAUUUGAUUAAAUAAGAUUUACUUACAUUUUCUUUGAAGUGUUUUAAUUUUUUUAAUGUCUGUGGAGUAUUUGUAUAAUACCAUGAUGUAUAUUUAUGUAGAACUGAAAUUAUAACAGUACAAAUAUCACUAUAGGAGAAAAAUGACAUUUUAACGUAUAUUGUUCUAUCCAGUCAAAUUGUGAAUCAUUUUGAAGUUCAUUAUAGAGAUAUUGAUAAA